UCCUAUCCUACUCACCUCACUUCCCAACCAAUUUACAUUCCUUGUUUCAUCUCUUCUUUUCUUUCACAAGAAAUGAUGAACAGCUUCAUACGUAGUGGGGUUGGAUUUCUAGGAAGUGCAUUUGCUUUGUUCAUGUACGGUGCACCAAUAUGUACGUUCAGCAGAGUCAUGUCGAACAAGACAAGUGGAGAAAUGUCAGGGUUACCCUACGCAGUGGGUCUGUUCAACUGUCUUGUGUAUGCUUGGUAUGGCUGUCCUCUCAUUAGCAAUGGAUGGGAUAACGCUCUUGUCCUCGCUAUCAAUACCAUUGGCCUUCUUCUCCAGUGCUGCUUCUGCACCAUCUAUCUCCUUUUUGCCCUACCCAAAUCCAAGAGAAGAAUGGGUGCGAUGGUUGGAGGAGUGUUGAUGGCUUUCGUAAGCUUGGUGACAGUUUCUAUGUGGGGUUUGAAUGCCCAGAAGAAAUUGGUCGUGGGAAGUACUGGAAUGGUGGCCUUUGUCAUUCUUUAUGGAUCUCCACUCUCUGACAUUAGAACAGUAGUUCGAACAAAGAGUGUGGAGUGCAUGUCAUUCUAUUUCUCAUUAUUCGCAUUCCUCGGUAGUGUGUUAUGGUUGGUGUAUGGUGCUCUCAGCAAAGACAUUCUCAUCAUGGCCCCCAAUUUUCUUGGAAUACCAUUAUCUUCAGUUCAGAUGAUAAUAUAUUGCAUGUAUAAAAGAAAGAAGCGAUUAAGAGUGGCAGUUGAAGAGGGGAAAGUGGAAGUAGUAAUUGUAGUUGAAUUGGAGAGCGUGGAGGAUGAAAGUUUGGCCAUGACCAAGUUCCCUGCUUUUGAGGGGAAAGUGGAAGUAGUAACAGUAGUUGAAUUGGAGAGCGUGGAGGAUAAAAGUUUGGCCAUGACCAAAUUCCCUGCUUUUCACUCAUCUUGACAGCUAUAUGCAGUUUAGGAGUGUUAUCCAUGAUUGAUCUACUACUCCUACCCUUCCAAAUGAGUUUCUAAGAGACUCGAUUUGUUUCUUGAAUGUUACUCUGGCUUAGAUGUAAGUCUUAAAAUUAUAAAUAAUAUAUUCACCAUUUAAACUUUA